AGAAAGCAACAUACACGAUGGGGAGAGCGCCUUGCUGUGAUAAAGCAAACGUGAAGAGAGGGCCAUGGUCACCUGAAGAAGAUGAUAAACUCAAAUCCUACAUUCAUAACCAUGGCACUGGCGGCAACUGGAUUUCCUUACCUCAAAAAAUUGGUUUAAAGAGAUGUGGAAAGAGUUGCCGCCUCAGAUGGCUGAAUUAUCUCCGGCCAAACAUCAAACACGGCGGUUUUACCGAAGACGAAGAUGACUUGAUUUGCAGUCUAUAUAUCACUAUCGGAAGCAGAUGGUCUAUAAUAGCAGCACAAUUACCCGGAAGAACAGAUAACGAUAUAAAGAACUACUGGAACACACGCCUCAAGAAGAAGCUUCUCGGCCGCCAGCGAAGACAACACCUACUACACGCUCGCCGCGGGGAGACCAAGCAAAGUAUUAACUGGGCCGCCGCCCCACCGCCGCCGCCGCUGCCACAGGCGGCGGCGGCAGCCACACCCUUCCUGAUGAUGCAGGCGGCGGCGGAUGCUUAUAAUUACUCAAACACCGCCGCCGUAGAUAUCCCGCCGCCGCCGCCGCCGCCGCCCUAUGGGAACUUCUGCUACAGCACUUCUUCUUCUGAUGACGUGUCGUCCUUUUCUCAUGAGAAUCUUCAGCAUCUGUCUGAAGGUGAUUUCCAUGGCGGCUUAACACCGAUUAAUAAUAUUAAUAAUAAUAAUAAUAAUAAUGAUGGGAUUAUGAUACCGGAAAAUUUAUCAUCGUAUUAUAACAGUAUGCCACGUCAGCAACUGGAUGGAGAUAUAAGCUGUCUUGUUUACCCUUCUUCAUCGUAUAACUGUUUGUUUUUUGAUGAGCAAAGGCUAUACUAG